UCCAACAUUAUAGAAAAGAGAUCCACGAAGAUGAGUCCGUUUCCGUUUUAAUAAAGUCCAGUAGAAGAUGUCGCGGACCCCGCAGUUCUUUCCGCCUUGUCCGCGCGGCCUUUCCGCUCUUCCGCUGCCCGGUACGUCGAAACAAGCCGCGCUCAAGGGGCGAGAAUCUAGUACAACACUGCCGUCGUUCUUCAAUAUUCGAGAGACGGCGAGACGACCUAUUUCUACCAGUAGCGGUUCAGGUUCUCCUGCUGCUCCCAGUAUGAUAAUUGAGAGUUACAACUUCCGGCACCGCCUCAGUACGCGAAGUGGACGAGCCCCUCCGACCUGGCUCAGCUCGCUCUUCCUGGUGGUUUUGUUCGCCGCUUCCGGUUUAUUUCUCGUGCGAUUUGCACACAGUGAAGGAGAUGAGCGUGUUGACCACGCAAAUUACGAAAAGACUGGUGUUUUCGUCGACGAGUACGGUCGUGCAAGUACAACCACCUCGAGAGGUAGAGGUGCUGGUGGUCGACCGCGAGAAGAACAACCACCGGCCCACCCCGCCCUCCUUUCAUCGCAGGAUCUCGACAGCGCCGGCACGGACGAGACGUCGGGGGAGCUGCGCGACGGUUCUGUUUUUGAAAGCGACCACUUUGAUGGAUUCGAAGAGGAGCUUCUGGCGAUGAGAAGCCAAAAUCUUUUCGUAGGAGAUCAUGACCCGGAUGAACUCAUGGCGCGCUCUUUCUUGCUAAAGACAACCUCCGAGGACGACCCCGAGCAUGAACAUCUAAGGGCCUUCGAAGGUCGUCGUGGCCGCGCGUCGAAUCGCGACACGACCACGAUCUUUGACGGCGUAGCGCCGUUCGAAGAUCUGGAGAAAUUGAGAAGGUCGCAGCGGGGGCUGCAACCGAUGUUGGUAAACCGGCGUCCCCCGCCGGCGACGUCCGAUGGUUCUUACGCGGCUCCGACUUCUGCCUCCGGUACUACUGCUGCGACGUCAUCUUCUGCGCGGGAGGGUGGACAGUUUUCUGAGGGGGAAGGAGGGGCUAGUGCAGCUGGUGAAAAUAUUUCUGAGGGGGAAAAAGAAGAGAUUGAACAUCAUGGUUCAACGGGACGACGAGGAGAGAAGAGUCCGCCACCGCCCGGUUCCGCCGAAAUCCGGAUUGCCGCGUUGGAGAAGCAAGUAAGCGAAGUGUUGCGGACGCAGGAUGACCAGCGGAAAGCGUUGGAGCGCGUGCGGUUCGUGGGGCGGUACUUCGCCCUGCAGGCGGCGCGGGGACAGGCCAUGUGGCUGGGCACCACACGCGAGAAGGUGACCUUCGCAUGCAUGUGUCUGUUCGGGGGCAUCUUUGCAGUGCUGGUCGGGCUGCUGCUGCCCUGCCGCCUGGUGUUCUUUCCCAUCCGCAUUCUGGAGCGGCGCCUGAGUCGGGAGGAGCUCCGGGCGCGCCGGCGAAGCUCCACGGUGGGAAACUCGUCCGUCACUUUACUGGCCGCCACGGAUGCGGAUGAACAGGAGGCUUCCUACCUGCUUCCGUGGGACUUCGCGUAUCGGGGGACGUUGUCUAGUGUGUGUCAGGUGCAAGACUCCCCGGAGGGUCUGAUUUGGAAGGCGUGUCUGCUGCUCUACUGCGCGUCCGCGUUCUUGAGCCACUACACCUUCGAGGCCCACACGGCCUGGUGCCGCGAAUACGACCCGCGGCUCCCCGGACGCAUCGCGCUGGAGUCGGUGCUGCGGCGACCCCAAGUGGGUACGUAUGUCGAGAUCCGCUCUCGCAUGUUCUGGUUGGUGGCGCCCUACACGCUAUUCGCGGUGGUGGCGCUCGUGCCCAGCUUUUCCUUUCUCAGAUCGGCGGGUGAAGACCACGACGACCGCGACACUGUUGUAGCUAAAGUACAAGAACAACGGGCUGCGGAUGGGACGACAGCAGAGGACAAAGAAGUAGAACGGGAUGAUCAUGCUGGUGUUGAGAGUGAUCAGAAUGUCACUGGUGACCACAGCGAUGACCGCCUAAUGUCCUCUACAACUUCCUCCGACGAGUUACUGGAAGAUAUCUCUUCCUCUGAAGUAGAGGCGCGCACAGCAAGGACCAGGGCCGACGUGGCUUCAUCUUCUAAAGGAUUCCCUUCUGGUGACCUUUCUCCGCGCACUCUGUCCAGAGAGUUGAGCAACAAGAGCCUCGAUGACGGUAGUUCAGGAACAAAUGAGCUUGGGCAGCUGCCCAGUGGGGAAGGCUCCGCGGACCGGGAGGGGCCCAGUAGAGUUGCGCGAGCGCGGCGCGAGUUGAAGAAGGUAACCCGUGAAGCUGCUGGCGGCGUCAAGAAGGGAAUGGGGGGCAAGAUGGAGCUGCUGAGGUCGAAGACGAGGCGGAAAAUCAAGAAACUGACGUCGGCGGAGUUCGAAGCCCGGAACUCCUUGUCCGAGCGCACGCGUCUGCACAAACGAUUUCUCGCGACCUGGCUCGUGGUGCUGCACAACAUCGCCGCCCCCGCGGCCACCGCGAUUUUGCUGGGGUUCGAGGCCUACCAGCUCUUCGUCGGGGAGAACGUGCCUCUCGGCUACAUGUUUCGCGCCUUCGACUCUUCCGGGAAGUUUUUGUCCUGGCGCUACGACAAUCUGCAGUACUACGAGAAGAUGUGGUACUUCACCAAGCAGACCACCUGUCUCGACUACUCCCUGGACCCCGACGACCCGAGCAAGCCCUUUUACAGCUGGCGCCCCGUGUUGGCCUGGCGGUGCUUUCUGGUUUGGGGAGGCACCGUGUUUGCCGCGCUCUUCGUCGUGUUGCGGUUCGUGCUCCGCUUCCGUCCCCCCAAGAAGGGCGACUUGGACCCGCGCGUUGUAGUGGAGAAGGAAUCCGAGCACAGGUCCAUCUUGAUGAAGAAACUGUCGCGGCUGCGGGCUAAUGCGCUGACGCUGCCCAGACUCGUGUUCACGACUGAAGUCAUCUGCAUGCUGUGCGUGUUCGGACUGCCGCUCCUUGCCGCCUGGGACCGCCUGCACAUGAUGGAGCGUGGAAAAUUCGCGGAGGGACAGCAGAUCGAGGAAGAAAUUGGUUGGAGCAAUGCGGCCGACAUGUGGGACACGGCGUUGUCAAUCACCAGCGUGAACACCGGUAUCGCCGCGUUCGGUGUGCCCACCCGCUGUGAAAGGCUGAAAAAAUGGAAGCCGUACGGUAAGGUCGAUGCUCACUCUCAAACUUACCAGACCAGGUUGAACCGGUGGGACGGCGUUGUUCUUGGCGACUAUCAUGAGGAUUGCAUCAGUAAGGUUCUGACGAACGCGGAUAGGGGACGGCAAACGCUGCUCAGCGCUAUUCCAACGGGGAUAGAUGCCAGUAUGUUCGACGUGCCGAGUCGCGCCGCGGUGCUGCGCUCGCUCGGUUAUUUUGACGGGCAUGAAGAGACGAGAUCGCCGGAGCACCACGAGACUACACGCUACCAAAUGUAAAAAUGUCUGGGUCUGGAAGAGUCAUGCUGUUUCUGCAUGACACAGCAGGUCUGGCAUGGAAGCUCUAGCAUCACAGGUUUCGAGAAGCUUCCGCAAUGCCGAACCCGCAUGACAAAUCCCCCACUUUGGUGACAGAAAGUAGGCAGCUUUUGCUACCCAUGCAUGAGAGAUUUUUGUGUGUUCUGAAAUGCGCAUGACAAGUUGCAUUCUUCCAGACCCAGACAUUUUUACAUUUGAUACACGCGAGGACAGUACAUCCCAGCAGAACCUCAGCGGGCAGCGAGGCGGGCAGCUUAGCAGAUUUGGCGCACCAGAGACAGAACAAGCAGCGGGUGACGACGCGGCGAGGUGGUCCCAGUACAAUGCGGAAAGGAGCGCAUCGCACAACCAAGAACACGGCGGCAGCAGAGCGGGUGGAGACCACGGCGGGUCCAGUUACUAUGAUGGUGCCAAAGGGCAGUGGAGGUCCCCGCAUAGUACCACACAGCAGUCUGAGCACGCAGAGCAGCAGUCUCAGCUGCACAGCGAGGGGCAGCGUGGCGGUGGGUCUAGAGGACUGCAGGGCCGCGCCGCAUCACGACCGCCGUCGCAGCAAGAAAUGAAGACCACCGACAUGGCGAAUAGCAGGACCGGAAGUCCUGGUGCGCCAUCAGCGGGAAAUAGACCGGCAGGUGGUGAGUGGUCUGGCAGUUGGAAGACGCGAAUGGUGUAUCACGGGGACAAUUUAUUAUUUGGCAACGGGGACGAGGAACAGGAAGACGGUUACGAUCUAGACUAGAAAUAGUGCGCCGAAGAAUUUAUAAAAAUACGCACCGACAACUGCAAGAAGUAGAACUAGAACUGGAAGUCAUUGCUCACCUAGAUGCCGCAGCUGUAGUGAUGAUGGUCCGCUUUUCUGAAGAACACAUUUCCCCCGCUGUUUUUUGCGCUACUUUUGUGAAAAACGCAUUUGUUUUCCCCAGACUAGCAGAAAGAAACAAAGUGUUUACGACAUGAGAUAAUUUCGGACAAAAAUAUUAAGCAGGCCAAUACUGCGAUGACGGUUUUUUUGUUCGACCAGAUCCUCGCUCUGCAAGUCCGAUAUAAGAAAGAACGUCAAGACCACGUGGACGGCCUUUGAAAAUUCAUAAUUCUAUUCUGCAAGCCAUCUGCGGGAUGAUGAUGCGUUUGUAUCUGCGGGGUGAUGAAGAUGGCGAGGAUCCUCCAGAGAAAGUGCUCGUCAUGUAAUACCUCGUGUACUUGUGGAUGUCAAUGCUGCCAGCACGGCUUGGCUUGGAAGAGAGGCAACAAAGAGCAACCGACGAGAGUGGCAACACUGUCUCUCAGCACAAUAAACACCGACAUCGAAGGAAAUUUGUGGCGAUUGAUUUUUGUUGAGGCAUAAUCCGAAGUACGUAUGUCUGCCGAGGUUCCUGUCAUUCUCCUGAGUCGACGUGUGGUGCUGGGCAAAAUGAAAUGAAGCUGUCGUAAACCGGGAGAGUCGAAAUAUGCGG